AUGGGCGGCAGCAUCAGCUUCGUCAUGAUGUUCGCGAUUGCUGUAUUCCAGAACCCUGGCAGCCGCGAGCAGUGGACGUUAUACGUCUUCGGUGCGACACUGUGUGGCGGCGGGUCGGGCGUGCUCUGGACCGCGCAGGGCACCUUCUUUGCCAGCACCAGUGCUCUGGUCGCGGCGUCCGAGGGGAUCUCGAAGGAACAGGCGACGAGCGACUUGAGCAGCCAGUUCGCGAUGGUGCUCCUCACGCACGAGAUCGCGUCCAGGUUAUUCGCGAGCUUGUUGCAGGACGGCACAUUCUUGCAUUGGGAGCUCUUCGAGCCGCUCAUGAGCCCAGGACAGGUCUUCUUUUUGUUCGCUAAUGUGGCCAUGACGGCCGUCGUCGUCAUGGGUCUUUUCGUGACCGUCCCCGUCAAGGCCCAGAGCGCCAGUAGCGGGAAGCAGGCGAGCGUGAUCCAGAGCAUCUCCCGGGUGUUCCGCUUGUGGCUGUCGCCCGAGAUCUGGUGCCUCUCCUUCGUGGCUCGUGGACUUUCGGCUUCUGCGCGGGUUACAUGA